AUGACUUUGUUUUUUGGAGUGGAGUAUGUGUUGGAUGUAUCCAAGCCUUCUUUGAUUUAUCGACUGCGCCAAAAUAGUACAUGUCGUGUAGGCGUCAUUCGAGAAGAGCGGGAUUUCAAGAAAAAAAGUGAAACGAGAAGGCCUGGUUCUUAUAUUCAGGGACUUUCGGCACCAACGACUCCCGGAAUUCUCUCCAGAAACCAGUCCUUCACCUCGCAACGUAGCUUCCACACCGAACUUCCCAAAUCCAAAUCAUCCUCCCAUCUAACGAGUUCACAUUCUACAUCUAAUCAAUGGCUGCAGAGGACCGGUGCAGCGCUCACGUCGGAAACGCGCGAAAGCAAAGGUCAGAGUUGGUUAACUAGCCGUGCUAGUUCAACCAGCCUUGUCAGGGAAGGGGACGACGACGACGGUAGCAUAUACUAUGGUGCCGAUGACGAGUUCUCGCCUCUCACACCAAGGCGCCGGCUAUCGAGGAACUUUAGCGGCGAAUUCUAUACGAAUGGAUUGGAGGCACUUGAGGAAGACUUCAGUCCAACACGGGGAGAUCAUUGCCAUGAAGGAGAGGAGGAGGAAUGGAAGAAUCGGGUGGGGGCGAAGAGAGGGAAUAUAUUGAUAUUCCCAGAGGGUUUGGAGUUGGCCAAUUUGUGGAUCGACUGA